GUGCGGAGAGCUGUCAACAUGGCCGCCGACAGCAGUCUGGAGUUUCUCAAAAGUGUUAAAGGAGUGAUUUUGGACAUGUGUGGAGUUCUGUAUGACAGUGGAGAAGGAGGAGGACGAGCCAUACACGGCUCUGUGGAAGCGGUGAAGAGGUUGAUGGACUCUGGGCUGAUGCUGCGUUUCUGCACUAAUGAGACUCAGAACACGCGUGAGAGAUUCGUGCAGAAGCUGCGUGUGAUGGGUUUCGACAUCAGUGUCAGUCACGUGUUUUCACCCGCACCGGCUGUAGUGCAGAUCCUACAAAAGAGACACCUGCGGCCACACCUGCUGGUGCACGACGAUCUGAUCCCAGAGUUUGAUGGUGUGGACACCAGUUCCCCUAACUGUGUGGUCAUUGGAGACGCGGCAGAGAAAUUCUCCUACCAGAACCUGAACGAAGCCUUCCGUGUUCUGAUUGGCCUGGAGAAACCGGUGCUGUUCUCAUUGGGACGAGGACGCUACUAUAAGGAGACGGACGGCCUGAAGCUGGAUGUGGGUGUGUACAUGAAGGCACUGGAGUACGCAUGUGAUGUCCAGGCUGAGGUGGUGGGAAAACCUUCAUCAGAGUUCUUCAAAACAGUCCUCAAUGACAUGAACCUGCAGCCGCAUGAGGUUGUGAUGGUGGGUGAUGAUCUGGUCAAUGAUGUAGGAGGAGCUCAGAGCUGCGGGAUGAAGGGUCUUCAAGUCAGAACUGGGAAAUACAGGCCGAGUGAUGAGUGUGACCCGAGUGUGAGAGCAGAUGCGUAUGUGGAUGACCUCUCCGCUGCUGUGGACGCCAUAUUGACCAAUCGCUGAUCUAUAACUGAUGAUCACUGAUGCUGUACUGUAGCGCCUCUCAUGCAGAUGCACUGACGGAAUAACUGUGAAAGAGACUCAUAGUAGACCGGUUUAACUCAUUUCUCAAAUCUGUUUAGGUACGAGUUUUGAUAAGUGAUGUUCCUGUGUUUAUUAAAGCUGUGGUAAAAAAACCUUUGAGAAAUCCAUUCUGAGCUGAGUUUAUAACAGCAGAGGGCGCUCUAGGCUAGAGUUUAACAGGAGAGCGCGAUCUAGAGUGCCAUCUGCUGUUAAACUCUAGCCUAGAGCGCCCUCUGCUGUUAAACUCUAGCCUAGAGCGCCCUCUGCUGUUAAGCACUAGCCUAGAGCGCCCUCUGCUGUUAAACUCUAGCCUAGAGCGCCCUCUGCUGUUAAACUCUAGCCUAGAGUGCCCUCUGCUGUUAAACUCUA